GAGGGAGCGCGUGGGGAGCGCGGGGAGGGAGUCGGAGGGAGAGGCAUGGAGUCCGCCGACCGCCUGGCUCGAGCGGCGGCCCGGGGCCGCGAGCAGGAGGUGCGGGAGCUGCUGGAAGCCGGGGUGUCGCCCAACGCCCGGAACCGGUUCGGGCGCACCCCGAUUCAGGUCAUGAUGAUGGGCAGCGCCCGCGUAGCCAGCCUGCUGCUGCUCCAUGGAGCGGACCCCAACUGCGCCGACCCCGCCACCCUCACCCGGCCGGUGCACGACGCGGCCCGGGAGGGCUUCCUGGACACGCUGGUGGCGCUGCACCAGGCGGGGGCGCGGCUGGAUGUGCGUGACGCCUGGGGCCGCCUGCCGGUGGACCUGGCCCAGGAGUGGGGCCACCCCGAUGUCGCGCGGUUCCUGCGCACCGCCGCGGGCGCCUCCCCGGGCGGCAAGCCCCAAUAGCUGUCCCCAAAGCUCCCUCAGGCAGCCUGGACUUCGUCCUUAAUCCAGAUGAAACAGUGCCAAGUCUGCUCCCAUCCCACCCACUUCUCUGUGUCCUUAAGUCCGCCUUUGGGAGGUGGGGGAAGAGCACGCUUAUCCCGCAGUGGCGGUUCACGUCUGUGAUCCUAGCACAUGGGAGGCUGAGGCAGAAGGAUGGCGCCUGGGUUACGCAAAAUAAAAUAAUACUUUAAAAGAU